UAAAACAAUCAGAAAUCGGAUAUGUGAUAUCUUGAAUAUAAUAAUACCAGUUAAAAGGAUACUGAAUCAGAAUUUUCCUAUUGGUGAUUUGUGAAAGAUUCUCGUUUCGUUUAUAGAAAAUAUGCUGUUAGGUUCGAGUGUGAUUGAUGUGAUAUUUGGAUAUUAGCAAGUCCAAAAAAAACCAUUUCGUAUUUUUGAACAAGAGAAAGCUGUCCUGCAAAAUUACAAGGCAAAAAAGAAAAGGCCCGUAUAUAGGUAGGGCUGUUAUAAAGCCCACAUAGAUAGAUAUUUACAGGCCUGUAGGACACAUCAUCGUUUGAACUUUCCUAAAAAGUAGGACCCACGCGGCGUGAAGGAGAAGAAGGCCAAACUAGACCGGUGAUAAGUCAAUCGUCAACUACAAAACCGGUUGACGUGGCAUUCAAUCUGACGCAUCGAAGAAGAGGAAGUUUUAAUAUGUCGACAAACCGUCAAGUGGAGGGAGAGACACGACAAACACUUCUUUUGAAGUUUCCAACAAAACAGGUUCGCGACAUUGAAAGACAAACGCGUCUUCUUCACCCAUUCCCUCUUCUUCUUCUUCUUCUGUAUAUUAUCCACAGUUUAUGUUUCUCUCUCCGUGGUUCAUAAUCAUAAAGAACAUUGCUUAAUUCUUCGUGGCGUCGUCUGUUUUACUCUUUGACUUCAAUCCACACUGCUUGCAAGAUUCGAUCUCUCUGCCUCAUUAUUCCGAUGGUCUUUGGAUCGUUCUUCUCUUCUCUCAAGUUCUGGGGAAAUUCUCAGGAACAGGAGCCGCAGAGAGGGAGGAUGCAGGAGAUAGAUCUUGCUAUCCACACGAUAAGAAGCCAUGGAGCCGGCGUCGCCUCUAAACACAAACACGACUGGAUCAUACUCGUGAUCUUGGUGGCCAUCGAGAUCGGUUUGCAGCUCAUAUCUCCUUUCUACAGAUACGUUGGGAGAGACAUGAUGACUGAUCUUAAAUACCCUUUUAAUGACAACACCGUCCCUGUCUGGUCCGUACCAAUCUACGCUGUGCUGCUCCCGAUCAUAGUAUUCGUCUGUUUCUACAUGAAGAGGACUUGCGUGUACGAUCUUCACCACAGCAUUCUCGGGCUUCUCUUCACGGUUUUGAUAACUGGUAUCAUCACUGACUCCAUCAAGCUCGCCACGGGACGCCCUCGUCCUAACUUCUACUGGCGUUGCUUCCCUGACGGCAAAGAGGUUUACAAUGCCUUGGGUGGUGUGAUAUGCCAUGGUAAACCAGGAGAGGUUAAAGAAGGUCACAAAAGCUUCCCGAGUGGACACACGUCUUGGUCUUUCGCGGGACUUGGCUACCUCUCGCUUUACUUGUCUGGUAAAGUCAAGGCCUUUAACAGAGAAGGGCAUGUUGCUAAGCUCUGCCUUGUGUUCGCUCCUCUUCUCGCGGCUUGUCUCGUGGGGAUAUCGCGUGUGGAUGACUACUGGCAUCACUGGCAAGACGUCUUUGCUGGAGCUCUUAUUGGUCUCUUUGUGGCUGCCUUUUGUUACCGUCAGUUUUAUCCUAACCCUUACCACGAAGAAGGGUGGGGUCCUUAUGCUUAUUUUAGAGCGGCGCAGGAGCGUGGACAAGCGCAGAAUGGAGAUGUGUUGAGGACAAUGUCUUUGCAGGUGGAACCAACUUCUCUUGAAAACAUGGAGUCUGGCACUUCAUCUGUUCGAAGAUGAUUAGUUCCUCUUCUUUCUUCAUUUGAUUAUUUGGUAUUUUUCAUUUUGGUCGUCGUGAGAGUGUGGAUGAGGUAGUUGCAUGUGUAUUUUUUAACCUUUAACUAGUACUCUUACAUUUGUAUGUAAAUCUAUUCUUCAUAUCUUGGUUUUUGGCAUUUUUUUUAAUCAGAGUCGUCAAGAAGAUGGCACCAUA